AGCAUAUAAUUUUUCAGCUUAUUCAUGCUUGGUCUUCUAUCAGCAGCCUCUUCCCAGGAUUCUCAUCAAUUGGUAUCAGAGAGGUUUCAGGAUGACGAAUCGCGAACGUUUUGACCAGCUGGACAAUUCUCUCGCGCAAAUCCCAUCUUCCUUCAACAACCUAGCCCUAACUGUAGAAUCAAUGCAAAAGUGGAUGGAGGAGCACAACAAUUCAUCGUCAAAGUCACGCAGGACAAAUUCCAGAUCGGCAUAAUCAAAUCACCACCGGAAACGAAGAGGCAAACAUCAGUCGUCUUCUUCAUCAUCAACUUCAUCUUCUGAAAGUAGCAAAAACGGGAGCAGCAGUUCUGAGGACUCUCACAACCACACCGAAAUACCAUGGCAGGGAGAAGAGAAUCAAGAUCGGUUAAGAGACCGGCUCAAGCUUGACUUCCCAAAAUUUGCAAGGGAGGACGUAGUGGUCUGGUUAAAUCGUGCCCGACAAUAUUUCUCUGUAAAGGGAAUCCAAGGACCAAGGAAAGUACAAUUGGCUUCAUUCCAUCUCGAAGGAGAAGCCAAUCAAUGGUGGCAGUGGUUUGAUAAACGCAAAAGGAGGGGAGAAAUCACCUGGAGGCAGUUUGAGAGUGGCAUCCUAAAACGAUUUGGACCCACUGAUUUUGAAGAUUAUAAUGAAUUGCUCAGCAAAAUCAAACAAACGGGUUCCUACAGAGAAUACUUGAAAGAAUUCGAGAGAUUAUCGACUCGAGUAAAAGGGUGGACAUCAAAGGCUCUACUUGGAACUUUUUUGGGUGGACUGCGGGAGGAGUUAUCAUUAGAUAUUCGACUGUUUAACCCUCGAAAGUUAUCUAAUGCUAUGGAACUGGCUCGUCGAAUAGAUGAGAAACAAAAACGGGGAAAGAAACAACUGGUAACCACCUUAAAACAACCCACGGGAGGGUGGCCUGUCAUGAAUAAUUUAGCACAAAUCACAACUCCCAAAUCUUCAUCAAGCUUUGUUCCAAGACGACUGACCGCAGAAGAGAUGAAAGCAAGAAGAGAAAAGAAAAUGUGCUAUAAUUGUGAUGAAAAGUUCACACCCGGCCAUCGAUGUAAGGCUCUUCAAUUUAUGCUGGAAGUUGAAGAAGGAGAAGAUGCAGAGAUGCCAGAGAAUAAUGACACAAGCGAAGAAGAAAUUUCUGUAACGGUGCAUGCACUAGCAGGAGGCAUGGAUUCCAGAACCAUGCGGGUAUCGGGCAAUGUGCAGCAACACAAGCUUAAUAUUUUAAUCGAUUCAGGAUCAACGCACAACUUCAUUAAGCAGGAAGCGGCAGGUCGGCUCAAGUUAACGGUCACCAAAAUUAAACCGUUUGCAACCCGGAUAGCUAGUGGUGAUCGUCUUUGGUGUUCUGAAAAAUAUGAACACGUCCAGAUUACCAUCCAAGGGUACACUUUCGAAACUACUCUAUAUGCUCUUCCAAUCACCGGUAUGGAUUUGAUCAUGGGGAUGCAAUGGCUGAAAAGUUUGGGAAAGAUAUUAUCAGUGGAGUUCACAGUUUCUGGGGCGAGACACACCAUCCGUGCAGAAGCACCAUCAUUAGCAAAAGAAGUUCACCUAAAUUGCAUCAUAAGUGAUUGGGAAGCUGGGGCUGAAUUGUUUGCCAUUUUUAUUCCCAUACAACCAGUUAAAGAAGUAAUCACUAUAGCUGUAGAAAAUCCGGAAGUCCAGAAUGUAAUAGAUGGGUAUGCAUCAUUGUUCAUAGAGCCCCGCUCGCUACCACCGCGUAGGAGAUUUGAUCAUCGAAUCAAACUGAAGGAUGAACGUUGCACUGUUAAUGUAGCCCCUUAUCGUUAUGCCCACUUCCAAAAAGCCGAAAUUGAACGACAAGUCACAGAGAUGCUACAGGUUGGGUUGAUCCAACCAAGUACAAGCCCUUUUUCUUCACCAGUUUUGCUUGUAAGGAAAAAGGACGGAACUUGGAGGUUUUGUACCGACUAUCGAGCACUCAAUAAGGAAACUGUUAAGGACAGAUUUCCAAUUCCGACUAUUUAUGAUAUGCUUGAUGAAUUACAUGGAGCCAAUUAUUUCUCAAAACUAGAUUUGUGGGCAGGUUAUCAUCAGAUCCGUGUUCAUCCCGAUGACAUCCACAAGACUGCUUUCCGAAAACAUAAUGGUCAUUAUGAGUACUUAGUCAUGCCAUUUGGACUUUGUAACGCUCCAUCAACCUUUCAGGCUGCCAUGAAUGAAAUUUUCAGACCGUAUUUGCAUGAAUUUAUCCUGGUUUUCUUUGAUGACAUUCUCGUCUAUAGUAAAACGUGGGCUGCUCACCUUGAUCAUCUUCGACAGACCCUACAAAUUCUUGAGGAGCACUGUUUUCACAUAAAACCAAGUAAAUGUUUCUUUGCGCUUUACAGAGGUCGAAUAUUUAGGCCAUUACAUAUCUAAUGAAGGUGUACGAGUAGAUCCAAAAAAAAUUGAGGCCAUGUGUCAGUGGCCGAGACCAACAUCCAUCACUGCCUUGCGCGGAUUUCUAGGGCUAAUCGGCUAUUAUCGCAAAUUUGUGCGUGAAUAUGGAUUGAUAGCUCGACCGCUAACUCAACUUCUAAAGAAGGGGCAGUUUUCCUGGAGCCUAGAAGCUACAUUAGCUUUUGAAAAUCUUAAAAAGGCCGUCUCCACAACUCCAGUACUAGCUCUACCAGAUUUUACAAAGGAAUUCUGCAUCGAGACAGACGCGUCGGGACAAGGAAUAGGAGCAGUUUUGUCAAAAGAAAGGCGGCCCAUAGCAUUCAUGAGUAAGGCGUUGGGACCAACAAAACAAGCAUGGUCCACUUAUGCCAAAGAGAUGUUGGCAGUUCUUGAAGCCGUUCGAAUAUGGAGGACAUAUCUUUUGGGACGGCGAUUUAUCAUAUAUACUGAUCAAAAGAGUCUUCGACAUCUCGUUGAGCAACGUAUCACGACCCCUGAACAACAAAAGUGGAUAACUAAGCUCCUGGGAUUUGAUUAUGAAAUCAUAUAUAAACCUGGAGCCACCAAUAAAGUUGCAGAUGCCUUGUCUCGGUGGGAGCAUCCUGAAAAUGGGGCAGAACUUACAGCUAUAUCAGGACCCUUGUGGGAGGUUUGAAACGAAAUACGAACGUUAACUCAAGAAGACACUCGCUUGCAAGAAAUUCAUUCAAAAGUAUUAAACAAAGAGGUUGAAGUGGCAGGUUAUGAAGUUCGGAAUGGGUGCAUUUUAUUUCAGGGGAAGGUUCUCAUACCAGGAAACCAGUCCUUGAGAACGAAGCUAAUACAUGAAUUUCAUAACACUCCGACAGGAGGACAAUCCGGAAUGUUACGAACUUUUAAUCGUCUAAAUCAAAUAUUUACUUGGCCAGGCAUGCGAGGAGCAGUUUCUCAAUAUGUUCGCGAGUGUGAAGUAUGUCAACGCGCCAAGAUCAGCUCUCUUGCACCUGCAGGACUACUGUCCCCAUUACCGAUUCCUACUGCGGUUUGGGCAGAUGUCACUAUGGAUUUCAUAGAAGGAUUGCCAACGUUAGGAGGUAAAAACUCAGUUUUUGUCAUUGUUGAUCGAUUUACGAAAUAUGCCCAUUUUGUAGCUUUAGCGCACCCAUUUAAAGCAAAAGAUGUGGCUGCCACGUUCAUACAGGAGGUUGUUAGAUUGCAUGGAUUCCCAGAAUCCAUCGUAAGCGACAGGGAUCGUGUGUUUAUGAGUCUUUUCUGGAAAUAAUUGUUUCGAUUGCAAGGCACAACGUUACAAACAAGUUCGGCCUAUCACCUUGAGACCGACGGACAAACAGAAGUUGUCAAUCGGUGUUUGGCUCAAUAUUUACGUUGCUUCGCUCACCAAGUCCCUCGAAAAUGGAGUGGACUCCUCGUGUGGGCAGAAUUCUGGUAUAAUACAACCUACCAUAGCUCCAUAAAAUGACCCCGUUUGAAGCGUUAUACGGAAGACCCCCACCAAUGCUUCGUUCAUAUAACAUGGGGCAGUCACCAAUAUCUGAGGUCGAUAAACAAAUGCGGACCAGGGAUGAGGUAAUACGCAUACUGCAAGAAAAUUUGGUAAUGGCUUCCAACAGAAUGAAACAACUGGCAGACACGGGUAGACGUGAAGUGCAUUUUGCUGUUGGCGACCUUGUUUAUUUAAAGCUUCGUCCAUUUCGCCAACAUUCUGUUUUUCGUAGGGCAAACCAAAAGCUAGCAUGCAAGUUCUUCGGCCCAUAUAAAGUCUUGGAAAAAAUAGGAGAUGUCGCUUACAAGCUUGAGUUGCCAGAAAGUGCUCGUAUUCAUCCUGUAUUUCAUGUAUCACUCCUUAAAAGGCAUGUGGGACCAACAACAUCAAUAACAACAUUACCGCCUUAUUCGGAAGAUGGGGAACCCAUUUUUGAACCAGAAAACAUUCUCAAUUUUCGAGAUGUCCGUACUAAGUCUGGAAUUGUUCAUGAAGCCCUGGUGAAAUGGGCCUCUCUAGACCAUAAUGAUGCCACUUGGGAACCAGUAGAGAUAAUAAAGAGCCAGUUUCCUAAUUUUUACCUUGAGGACAAGGUUCGAGUUCGAGAAGGGGCCAAUGAUGAGGACAAGGCGGUAAUUCAACGACGCAGCAAACGGACACGACAGAGGAGCUCUAGGCUAAAUAACUAUAUUACUUAAAGUCUUCAUUCUUUUAAUUAAUUACUUUUUAGUUUCCUAGUAGUAUUAAUAUUCCUGGUUUCCUAAUUUCCCUUAGCUAGUUGAACACCAGCAGGACUUAGUUUCCUAGUCCAUCUUGUUCUGUUGUUGGGUUAUAUAUAUAACCAUUCAUUAAUUAAUAAAGAUAGCAUAUAAUUUUUCAGCUUA